AUGAAAUAUCAUAUUAUAGCGUUGUCAUUGGUGCUUUUAAGUGCAUAAAUUGCUAUGUGUCCUAACUGUCACAGUCAUAGUGGUCAUUAGAUGAAGCAAUCUCAUGCAGAUAUAGUCGAGUCAAACGUUACAGAAUCUCGAAUGCUCUAAUAGAAUAGUGAAACUGAAGAGGAUAUGGAACAUUAGAUGGUGGGUAUGAUGAUGAUGCAAAUCUUGAGAACUGAAAACACUGGAACCUACAUAUUAUCUCUAGUCAUUACAUUUUGUAUCGCAGUGGCAAUUGAAGGUCUAAACUUCUUGAGAUAUCAUUUGCAAGCGAGUGCUUACUCAAAACUUAAUGAGUUCAUUAUCGCCUGGGUCUAUCUCUUAAGUAUUUUCCUCUCAUACAUGCUAAUGCUAAUUGUGAUGACAUUCAACGGAGGUAUAUUUAUUGUUACUGUCCUCGGAUUGACCACGGGAUACUUUAUUUUCGGAUUUAUUCGUAAGACAAAAUACGCUAGAAUAUACAAUCCAGAAGGAGACAAAUGCUGUGCAGAGGUGGAUGCUUGA